UCAGCCUCCCAAGUAGCUAGGAUUACAGCCAUGGAUUGUUAUAGAACUUCACCACGCAGUUCCUGGAUUUACCCCACUGUGUUCCUCUGCUUAUUUGGUUUUUUCUCCAUGAUGAGACCCUCAGAACCAUUCCUUAUCCCAUAUUUAUCUGGACCAGAUAAAAACCUGACCAGUGCAGAGAUAACAAAUGAGAUCUUCCCCGUUUGGACAUACUCCUACCUGGUGCUGCUGCUGCCUGUGUUUGUCCUCACUGAUUACGUCCGCUACAAGCCAGUCAUCAUCUUGCAAGGUAUCAGUUUCAUCAUUACCUGGCUGCUGCUGUUGUUUGGCCAAGGAGUGAAGACCAUGCAGGUUGUAGAGUUCUUCUACGGGAUGGUCACCGCCACCGAGGUGGCCUACUAUGCCUACAUCUACAGCGUGGUCAGCCCCAAGCACUACCAGAGAGUGAGCGGCUACUGCAGGAGUGUCACGCUGGCCGCCUACACAGCAGCGUCCGUGCUGGCCCAACUCUUGGUAUCCCUGGUGAACCUGUCAUACUUUUACCUCCACGUCAUAUCCUUGGCCUCUGUCUCCGUGGCCUUCCUUUUCUCACUUUUCCUACCAAUGCCCAAGAAAAGCAUGUUUUUUCAUGCAAAACCCAGCAGAGAAAUAAAGAAGUCAUCAAGCGUGAAUCCAGUGUUAGAGGAAACUCACGAAGGUGAAGCACCAGGCUGCGAAGAGCAGAAACCCACAUCAGAAAUACUCAGCACUUCAGGGAAGCCGAAUAAGGGCCAGCUGAACAGCCUGAAACCAAGCAACGUGACUGUGGACGUUUUUGUGCAGUGGUUCCAAGAUCUGAAGGAGUGCUACUCCUCAAAGCGUCUUUUCUACUGGUCUCUAUGGUGGGCUUUCGCCACAGCAGGUUUUAACCAGGUUUUGAACUAUGUUCAAAUCCUGUGGGAUUACAAGGCGCCAUCCCAAGAUUCUUCCGUCUAUAAUGGGGCUGUAGAAGCUAUUGCAACCUUUGGAGGGGCUGUGGCUGCCUUUGCAGUGGGUUAUGUGAAAGUCAACUGGGACCUUCUGGGAGAGCUGGCUCUGGCGGUCUUCUCAGUUGUCAAUGCUGGUUCUUUAUUUCUCAUGCAUUACACAGCCAAUAUCUGGGCGUGCUAUGCUGGUUAUUUGAUAUUCAAGUCCAGCUAUAUGCUUCUUAUAACCAUAGCAGUAUUUCAGAUUGCAGUUAAUCUGAAUGUGGAACGCUAUGCCCUGGUAUUUGGAAUCAACACCUUUAUUGCCUUGGUGAUUCAGACCAUCAUGACUGUGAUCGUAGUAGAUCAGAGAGGGCUCAACUUGCCAGUCAGCAUUCAGUUUUUAGUUUAUGGGAGCUAUUUUGCAGUAAUUGCUGGAAUUUUUCUAAUGAGAAGCAUGUAUAUUAUCUACUCAGCCAAAUCCCAGAAGGAUAUACAAAGCCCUGCUCCAAGUGAGAAUCCAGAUGUGUCUCACCCAGAGGAAGAGAGUAAUAUCAUCAUGUCAACAAAACUCUAACCUCAUUGCAACAAAUGCAGCAGUGGCUUUCAAAGUUAUGCAAUAAUAAGGAAGGAUUUUGAGAAGGGUGGCAUAUGUUUUGCCAUAACUUGACAUGCUUUGCAAAUCUGGAUUCCAAUGGACCUUUCAAAACCACAACAAAACCUCAGUUUUAGAUGAGUUCUCUAUGUGACCAAUUUUACUGGAUGCAAUUGACAGGACCUGCCAUCAUAAUUAAACAACCCAUAUUGGGGACCCCCUGUGACUAGUAGCAGCUGGAAAAUUCUGGUUUUUAUCACUGGUAAGGACAUGCAGAUGGCGUGGAACCAAACCACGAGAAAACUCCAGCCAUCCUGGAGUUGAUAUUCACCAUUUGUGAGGAGAAAUACUAACUGGACUGACCCUAUUGCUUGGCUUAAAUACUUAUUUGAUCUUACCAAAAAGUCAACACAUGGGACCUUUUUGUCACAUGAGCCAUUUUCUUUCCUCUUCUAAUAAGUGUAUUUCUGUUUAAGUUACAGUUCUCUAAGAGAAUUACAAUGUUUGUCCCAUUUCUAAGGGCUUCUCUUCAACUCUAAUAACAGCAUUAUUCACAAGUUAUGA